AUGUCCGCUUUCGUGGCACUUUCCUCGGCCAGCUCGGCCCCGGUGGAGAGGGUCCAGUCCUUGCGCGGCGCUGCCGGCGAGGCGCCAGCACCUCGGGCACCGUCCACGUUGUCCUCGCCCUCGGCUUGCGCCGUGGCUGGCGUCGCCGCGCUGGGUGCCGUGGCCGCAGCAAGCCAAAGGCGCAAGCACCGUGCGGCCCUGGCCAAGGGCAGCAACGUCAAGAUGCAGCGCAUGCCUCGUUCGUUGGCGAACGCAAAGGUGAUUGUCUGCGCGGGUGCGACCCUCCCUGAAGGCCGCAAGCUCCGAGUGGCAGUGAUCGGUGGAGGCCCCGCAGGUGCCAGCUGCGCAGACGCCCUUGCUGAGGAGGGAAUCGAGACUUACCUGAUCGAGCGCAAGUUGGACAACUGCAAGCCGUGCGGUGGUGCGAUUCCGCUGUGCAUGAUCGACGAGUUCGGCCUUCCCAAGGACAUUGUGGAUCGGCAGGUCCGAAAGAUGACGAUGAUCUCACCCACAAACAAGGAAGUCCAGAUUGGUCAGACGCUGAAGGACGACGAGUUCAUCGGCAUGGUUCGCCGCGAGGUGCUUGAUGACUUCCUCAGGCAGCGGGCCAAGAAGAACGGCGCCACGCUCAUCAACGGGCUCUUCAUGGGUAUGACCCUCCCUCAGCAAAAAGAUGACCCGUACGUCCUCACGUUCAACGACUAUGCCGAGGAAGCGGGCAACGCACGCAAGGGGGUGAAGAAGACGCUGGAAGUCGAUGUUGUGAUUGGCGCGGAUGGGGCCAACAGCCGCGUUGCCAAGGACAUUGAGGCGGGGGAUUAUGAGUAUGCCAUUGCCUUCCAGGAGCGCAUGCGCAUCCCGGAGAACAAGAUGGACUACUACAAGGAUCGAGCCGAGAUGUACGUCGGCGACGACGUUUCCCCCGACUUCUACGCGUGGGUCUUCCCGAAGUGCGAUCACGUCGCCGUCGGAACCGGAACGGUUGUGGACAAGAAGGGCAUUCAGAAGUACCAGCAGGGCAUCCGUGACAGAGCAGCCGUUCGCAUCGAUGGCGGUGAGAUCAUCCGAGUGGAGGCGCACCCCAUUCCUGAGCACCCGAGGCCAUGGCGCGUGAAGGACAGGGCGAUCCUGGUCGGUGAUGCGGCUGGAUACGUGACCAAGUGCUCCGGUGAAGGCAUCUACUUUGCCGCCAAGAGUGGACGGAUGUGUGCGGAGACCAUCGUCAAGAACUCGAAGAACGGGGUUCGCAUGAUCGAUGAGGCGGACCUCAUGGAGCACAUCCGCGAGUGGGAUUCCAAGUAUGGGCCCACGUACCUCGUGCUGGACCUGCUCCAGAAGGUCUUCUACACCAGCGAUGCUGCUAGGGAAAGUUUCGUGGAGCUCUGCGAGGAGGAGUACGUGCAGAAGGUAACCUUCGACUCGUACCUGUACAAGACCGUGCAGGGUAACGAUCCUGUGGGCGACCUGAAGCUUGGAUGGAAGACCUUGAGCUCCCUCUACAAGUUCAACAACCAGAAGACACCGGACCCAAUGCGAACCCUGGUGUGA